AUGUGUUUGAAGAACGCAAUAGAGGUUCCUGAGUCCCAAGGCUUCAUGCGGUUUCCGCUGCUGCUCUUCAUAAAUCUGUCAGCUGGAUUGGGAGGCUUACAGGUUCUUCAGCCUCAGGAGCAGAGGGGUAACGACCGAGAGCGACUUGUCAACUAUUUCCCAUGCUGCACUGCGGGCCUUUCUCUUUCUCUUCCGGUCUCAGGCGCUGCGGGAGCCACGGGUUACCGUGCAGACACGGCCAAGUCCAAGAACCACACCACACACAACCAGUCCCUCAAAUGGCACAGAAAUGACAUCAAGAAACCCGGGUCGCAAAGAUACGAAUCUCUUAAGGGGGUUGACCCCAAGUUCCUGAGAAACAUGCGCUUUGCCAAGAAGCACAACAAGAAAGGCCUGAAGAAGAUGCAGGCCAACAACGCAAAGGCAGUGAGUGCGCGCGCAGAGGCCAUCAAGGCCCUGGUGAAGCCUCAGGCCGUCAAACUCAAGAUGCCAAAAAGUCCCAAACUCCAGCGGCUGGCUUUCAUCGCUCACCCUAAGCUUGGGAAGCAGAUUGGAAGCUACAUGGCCAAGGGUCAGAGGCUCUGCCAACCGAAGCCUAAGGUCCAAACCAAGGCAGGGGCCAAAGCUCCAGCUAAGGCCCAGGCUUCAGCUCCAGCCCAGGCUCCCAAAGGUGUCCAGGCCCCUGUGAAGGCCCCAUAG